AUGUCAGAAGUGACCUUUUUGGGUACUGUUGGCUGUCCUAAUUGUACCAUGUUUCUGUCUACGAAUACACUUGAUUCUAACUUUGUGUUUAGAGCUUCCCUAGGACAUCGCAAAUUGCAAGGUGACAGACCUUACAUUGCACGUAAAAGUCUCCUUAGGACACAUGGUAGUCCUGUCACGAGGCUUGAGGUCAUUCCAGUGAAUUCCAGGCAACUUCAAUGCCUGUCUUACCAGAAUAUCGCUUGUACUACCCAUAUUGCUUAUAAUCACCUCUCUCGUUUCACAUUAUAAUCAAGCCAAGAAGACGAAGACGAAUGCGAAGAGAGUGAACCACGUCGAAAGCAUCAUAGAGAGGUAGCGCAGGAGGAGGAAAACUCCCAAGAUGAGGAAGAAGACACAACAGUUGCUGGUACCAACUCCCAAAUCGAUGAGGAGCCAACAACUAGCUCUUGCAGGAAAGGCAGGAAGACUGCGGUGGGUUCGCGGCGAAAGUCUAGCACUGCUACUGUCCCUGCCGAUACAAAGACCCCACCAAAUGAUGGUGAUAAUUGGCGUGGAGUAGACGCACGUUUUCGCUCUUAUCUCGGUGAAGUCGUUAUGAUUGAUAUGCCAAUCACAUCGAAAAGUCUCCCUGAUACCACUUUACUACUCGCUUGA